CUCCCAAGACAGCAUCUUCUCCAGCCACACCACUGUUACCCUCACUGACACCACCGCCCUCUCACCUCCCGCCACGCGUACUCCCUCCACUUCAGCACCCCCUCGGUGACGCCCUAUAUUUUAUUGUCGUUUAUCUUUAUCUUUUCCCUCUCUUCUCCCCAAACUCCCCCUCUUCUCUUCUCUCUUCUCUCUCUCUCUCUCUCUCUCUCUCACUCUGAUCCAAUCCCUGCUCCACAAAAACCGUUCCCCAACCGUCGCCGCCGAUUUCUCUCCGGCCAUCUCUUCAUCGGAUCCUCCUCCAUUCAGGCCAUGUCUUCUUUCACUCCCCGUCAUCGAUCGGAUUGGUUCGUCCUCGCCGCCAGCUCCGAGUAGAUCUUGCGUCGCCGGAGUUUCUCUAUUCAGUUUCGGUCCGGCGGUUCUUCCGAGAUAAGAUAUGGAAGAUCGAAACGUGAGAAUGAAUACUGGAAUGUCCGAUGUGGUAGCCGGCUGCGUGAUGCCGUAUAUCAAAGACUCGAAGGACCGGGACGCCGUGUCGUUGGUGUGCCGACGGUGGUACGAGCUGGACGCGCUCACGCGCGAGCACGUGACCAUCGCGCUCUGCUACACGACGACUCCCGAGAGGCUCAGGAGGCGGUUCCGGCAGCUCAAGUCGCUGAAGCUCAAGGGAAAGCCGAGGGCGGCGAUGUUUAAUCUGAUACCGGAGGAUUGGGGAGGCUAUGUGACGCCGUGGGUGGAGGAGAUUGCCGAGUCGUUUAAGAGCUUGAAGGCCUUGCAUUUCCGGAGAAUGAUUGUGAGUGAUUCCGACCUGGAGCUAUUGGCGCGGUCACGCGGCCGUGAGCUCCAAUCGCUUAAGCUCGACAAGUGCUCCGGCUUUUCGACUGACGGCCUUGUCCACAUCGCCCGCUUCUGCAGGGAUUUGAGGACCUUGUUUUUGGAGGAGAGCUCGAUAAUUGAGAAAGAGGAUGAGUGGGGUGAAUGGCUACAUGAGCUUGCUACAAACAACACUGUACUCGAGACUUUAAACUUCUAUAUGACGGAUCUUGGCAGAAUCAGAUUUGAAGACCUUGAACUCAUAGCCAGGAAUUGCCCCUCCUUAACCACUGUGAAAAUUAGCGAUUGUGAAAUUUUGGAUCUUCUGGGUUUCUUCCGCCAUGCAACUGCUUUAGAAGAAUUUUGUGGAGGUUCCUUCGAUGAUCAAGCAGAAAAUGAUCAAUCAGAGAAGUACUCAGUUGUAUCACUGCCACGAAAGAUAUGUCUUUUGGGUCUAACGAUGUUGGGGAAGAAUGAAAUGCCUAUUGUAUUCCCAUUAGCAGCUGCCCUCAAAAAGUUGGAUCUCCUAUAUGCAUUGCUCGACACUGAAGACCAUUGUACUUUAAUUCAAAAGUGCCCCAACUUGGAAGUUCUUGAGACAAGGAAUGUCAUUGGAGAUAGAGGAUUAGAAGUCCUUGCUCGGAGUUGCAAGAGACUGCAGAGGCUCCGAAUUGAGCGAGGUGCUGAUGAGCAAGGUAUGGAGGACGAAGAUGGUGUUGUUUCACAGAGGGGUCUGAUGGCUUUGGCACAGGGCUGCCUGGAACUGGAGUACUUGGCUGUCUACGUGUCAGAUAUCACAAAUGCAUCGCUGGAAUACAUUGGGACUCACUCUAAAAAUCUAAAUGAUUUUCGCCUUGUCCUGCUUGACCGUGAAGAGACGAUAACAGAUUUACCACUUGACAAUGGCGUUCGAGCUCUAUUGAGGGGAUGCCAAAAGCUUCGAAGGUUUGCUUUGUAUCUCCGUCCUGGGGGUUUGACUGAUUUGGGGCUUAGUUACGUGGGCCGGUAUAGUCAAAAUGUGAGAUGGAUGCUUCUAGGUUAUGUUGGUGAAUCUGAUGCAGGGCUUUUGGAGUUUUCAAAGGGUUGCCUUAGUCUGCAGAAACUAGAAAUGAGGGGCUGUUGCUUCAGUGAGGGUGCACUGGCUGUUGCAGUGAUGCAGCUGACUGCGCUAAGGUACUUGUGGGUGCAAGGGUACAGGGGAUCCCAAACGGGUCGUGAUCUUUUGGCAAUGACUCGCCCGUAUUGGAAUAUUGAGUUGAUUCCUCCUAGACGAGUUAAUGUUCUUGAUCCGAACGGGGAGGCAGCAGUGGCUGAGCAUCCAGCUCAUAUUCUUGCAUACUACUCUCUUGCUGGACCAAGAACAGAUUUUCCAAAUACUGUUAUCCCCUUGGAUCCAGAGUCUUUGAUUAACGCAUAGAGAGCUGUACAUACAAGCCUUUUUUUUUUUUUCCUUUCCAGAUCGCAGUUCCACCCACCUUGUUCAUAAAUUCAUGCAACUUUCUUUUCUUUUUGGUUAGUUGAGGGUUUCAAUUUUUAAAUUUCAUUUUGUAUUGUAUUUCUAGACUUUAAUCUGGCAAUAAGUCUGUUGCUCUGUAAUCUGAAAGCACCUCGCACUCUUUGAUGAGGUACUGUAUCAAAUCUACAUGCAGGGCUGUUAGCUAAAGUUUCAGUACUAUGGUGACUUAUGUUAGUCUGAUGAGUUGAUCUUACUGGAAUUUUUGGGUAGUUUUUGGAGCAUAA